GUUCAGGCCUUGUUUUACCGCUUGCUGCGCCGCGUUAAAGCGGUGGGUGGGGAUUUCGCUCACUGUUCGUGAGUCGGCAGGAAGAAAAGCAACAGCAGUCUGACAGAAAACCAAUUCCUGAACUCGAAGCUGUCAUGGAGCUGCGAAGGAAAAGUCUGCAGCUCGUAACGAGCUGUGUUUUCGCCCUGUGUGUCGGUUUGCAGGCGGUAUGUGCGGGAGAUUGCCCAGCAGAUGGACGCACCUGGGUGCCCAAUGGAAACAAAUGUUUCCACUUUAUUCACGGAAAAGAAGACAGCAUCAAGAGCUACACUUAUGAGAGAGCAUUGGAUCUCUGCCAUGGUUUUGGGCUUCUGACCAUCCAGAGUCCUGAGGAAAAUGACUUUGUUAUUAAGUACAGCCGAGAAGUGUGGAACGGCACCGUCAUCAUGUGGCUGGGGAUGUAUUUUGAUACAAACAGUGAUGGCAUGAAGUGGUUAAAUGAGAAACCUCUCAUGUUCACUAACUGGGAGAGCGGUGACCCGUCGGACCUCAUGCCCACAGAAACAUGUGUGGCUCUGCACAGUGACACAGGAAAGUGGGAAAAUGUGAGCUGCACAGACGACGUGGAGAACGGUGUAGUCUGUGAAACACUUCAGGAAACAAAACAAGCCAAACAGAAGCCCAGCAUGCUGAUCUCUGCCCUGGUCAUCCUCAGCGUGGUGGCUAUCGUAGGAGUCUCUGCCGUCAUUUGGUUUUUGCACCAGAAGCACAAUUUUGGCUCCACCAUCUUCACAGCAUUCGAGUACCACCCUCCGUUCCGAGUCCUGGAAACAGACCAGUCCUGCCUGGUGGAGGCUGAGGACACAGACAACGUGCCAUAGGAGAACUUUCUCUUUCUUUUUGCUCGAUGGGGACACGCCAGACCAUGCUCUCUGGCUGGGUGGUUUAUGCAAAGACAAGUCGACUCGUGAUAAUAUACAUAACAAUAAUAUAAUAAUAAUAAUAAUAUAGUCUGAUUGGGAGAAAAUGAUACCAAACCUACUGACACUAACACAGCUCAUUACUGCUUUUUAAAUAAUGUGUUAAUGAAACUCUUUCAGAUUAGUGCUUUUUCAUCAUUGAGCACUAAGUAUAUUUUUUCCAUUUUGCAAAGGGUUAGACAUUUUACAGAAGAACUAUGCGUUUGUGWUUGAGCCAGUAAAACAUGUUACAGGACUUAAACUAAUUUAGCACUGAAUUCCCAUAAAAUUCAAGAACUAAACAAAAUGAGAGAGGAGCAGAAAUCAAAAUGGCUUGAUUUCUUUCUUUUUUGUUGCRUUUUUAAAUAGUGUUUAGCUUAAAGUUAAAAUUCCACAAUCUGCACUUGGCUACAGCAUGAAUGAAGCAACUAAGUUUAAUGCAUGUAAAUGAUGUGAAGCUGCAUUACGGAUUAAAGCCAUUUUCCAGGUGAAACAUAUUUGKAAUGAAAACGUUCAAAUCAAAAUGGAAGAGAUGUCUUGACCUGUUCCUUCCAGGGUCACACAGGGGUUUCUACUAAACAUUUCUCAGUUUGAACAUAGACUUUAAGGASGGGGUUCUCAGAGCAGACUGGACUUUUAGGUAUUUCUUGAUCAAUAGGAAAUCUUUAAAAAUGCUAACAGUGCUAUAUUUCCAAGGCGUUGGAGUAGUUUGUGCUGAAUGCUCUUUAUCAUCUGAACAUGCAGCCUUUUUUCUGUGUGACCAUAAAGCUUAUGUUAUAGGAAGUCAGUGUUCACCGUUUGACAUUUUAGGUCAACUUGUUCUGUUUUAAAAUGUAAUUUGUGUUUUUGCUGCUUUAUUCAACACUUAAUGUAACAUUUCAGGAAACUUUUCUAAUUUUUAAAUUCUAAAAUCAGCAUUUUGUUGUUGUUAAUAUCUUGUUUGCAUGAUUGGAUUUUCCACACUAAUUUUUAAAGGUAAGAAAGUAAAUGAUGAGUAAAGUUACAUUAUUUCAGCACAAAUUUGACACAAUUUGCUGUUGUAUGAAUUCAAAUAAAAUGUUUCUUUUAUUCCAAUGUUUGGAAUAUUGACUAUCUUUUGAAAUUUGCAAAUAAGACGUAAGCUGUGCGUGCCAGCACAUAAAUAUGGCAUAAAAAGUCUGGAAGGAAACUAAUUGGAUGUGAAAACAUCACGAGGCUGAAGAGUUACUCUCUUCAGAAGGCCUGUGGCUCUGUUGACGUCUCUGUGGGAGCCCAGAUGAAACAAGUCAGCAGGAUAUAUUUUUUAAUGCUUUCAAGCACAUCUAAUUUUAGACUYCCAAGAUGUCAUCUGAAAAAUUAUUUUCAAAUCUAGGCUGCAGAUGCUUCUUUAUGUAUAUUUGAUGAUUUUAACAUUCUUUGUGGCUUAAAAGUAAGCAUGGCCUGACGUUUAAUUAUUGCAUUAUUGUAGAGCUCAAUCGUCUAUUUUAAUUAUUUUUUGUACCAUGUCUAUUACAGUUCAGUGUAAUGUCCUUUUCUCUGAAAACAUGCAAGGUAAUUUCAAAGUUUGUCCACUAGAUGGGACACUUAAACACUGUUCAUCCUUUUUAAUGGGGGAGAAGGAUUAUUUAAACUUUUUUAUAUUUGCGUGUUUUACUUAUUUUUCCUGCUCCAACACACCUGAUUGAAUAAUUUGAUUACUUCAAGUGGGUUAAUCAUUCAUUCAUUCAUUCAAAUCAGGUGUGUUGGAGCAGAGAAACCUCUAAAGCAGGGAUAAUGGUCCUGGAGGAAUUAGACUUCAUGUAACCACUUCCAGUAGGGGAAAAGAUGUAUUCAGUUCACUUUUUACAUUGAAACAUUUUUUUUCCUGUCACAUUUUUUGUCAUCUUGUAUAAGUAAUAAAUUUAUUGUCACAGAGGAA